UCUCGGAGCGGAAGAAUCUUUCAGUCGUCGGAGCGGCAGAGGCUGAAGGCUGUCCUCAAUCUCAGUUUGUUCAAGCAUGUCACUUUUGCGUUUGCAGGGACCUUCACCACCCAAACACAGAAGACUGCGAGGUUACCAAUGAUUUUGCUGACCGGCAGAUAGAAGCGGUUGGUUGUCAUAUAAGCGAAGCAGAGGAAAAUGUGUCGUCGGAGUUGCUGCCCGCUGCUGCUGCUGCUGCUGCUGGUUCCCCUCGUUCAAGCUCAAGUGGAAAACCGGGUGAUUUUCCUGCCAGGAACUUUCCAGAACGUGAGCAUGUCCCAGAAUGAGACGGUGCAGGCCGUGGUGUCGAGGAUUCCCCCAGAGGUCGCUUUCGUCACUCUGCAGUUGCAUACGCAGCACCGCAACGCCACGCUCUCCUACACCAGGAUCCCAGACCCGGGUCUCUCUCUGACAGCAGUGGACUCGGGGCUCCUGUCUGCUCUCGAACCGGGCCAAACAUCCCUUUCCUUGUUCCUGUCUUCUCCUGAUGUUGACACUGUGGCGGGCACUGGGGUCAUCCUCUCAUUCUCCAGCACCGAUCCAGUCCCUGGAGCUUGUAACAUGGAGUUUAACCUGGACAUUGACCCAAACGUCUAUAUCCACUACAACCUCUAUGAGACCACGAUCCGUUUUGCACCAGCAAACUUAGGAUAUGACAGGGGAGAAACUCCUCCAGCCUGCGACACAUCGACAGAAACCAACACUCGCUGGCGGCUGCAGUACGACAUCUACCAGUACUUCCUGCCUGAGAAUGACCUAUCAGAGCGCAGCCUGUUCAGUGGCAUUCAGGCCGUGGCCGACACCAAGGGCAUGAUGGAGAACGGCAAACAAGUCAUGACGCUGUUAUCUUCAGAUAAGAGCGAGGCGAUGUUUAACUCCAUCCCCGGUCAGGGCGUCAUCUACUCAGUCAUCGUCAGAGACCCGCUAUUGAACACCUCGGCCUCCUACGUACCCGUCCACACAUACGCCUGCAGCUUUGCUUCCACUUUGGACGGCUGCGAUACUCUCGGAAGGAUAUCUACAAAGGUUUUCUUCACCAUCGCUGGCCUGGCAGGCCUGUUUGUCUGCUUCUUUGGGCAUCGAUUCUUCAAAUGUGAGUUGUUUUGCAUGGGAUUUAGCUUCGCAGCGUUUUUCUUCUUUGUGCUGAUCACAAGGACUACAGAUCUGGACUAUGACAUCUGUUUGGCCGUGUCGGUGGUGAUCGGCGUUGUGGGCGGGGUCCUCCUGGUGAUGAGCUGGUGGCGUUUCGGUUCUGUCAUGGCCUGCAUCGUCGUGGUUGGUCUGAUGCUUGGAUUCCUUGUCGCCUCCACUGUUCUCUUCACUCCUCUCGGUGACCUCAGUGUAUUCAGGCGUUCAGAUGUGGUUUUCUGGGUGACCUUCUGCUGCAUCAUGCUCAUCGUUCCGCUCUUCUUCAUGCGUUGGCCCAGAGAGGGAAACAUCAUCACGUGCGGUGUUGUCGGUGCGUACGCUGUAGUUCUGGCUGUCAACGCCUACAUUUACACCAGCCUCUCCUACAUCACGCUGAACAUCCUCAAACGCUUCCUCAACAACAACUUCAGUGCAGUGUUCACUGACGUGCCCUUCCAAACCAUCGACUACAUCAUGAUCACGGUGUGGGUGGUGCUCGGCGCCGGCGGCAUCGUCCUGCAGCUGUACCGUGAGCGCUCCCGGCCGUUCUUCCCGCCCAGCCCGUAUCUCAUGUGGCUGCAGGAACGCGAGCGCCGCAAGACCAACGUCCUCGACCCGAGCCACCACUUCCCCCCGCUGCCCGACCGCCUCCUGGCCUGGGUGCAGCAGCUCACCAGGCGGACAGAACCAGCCGGAGAACACACUCCUCUGCUCCUGUAAACUUCAGACACCCUGACCACCUCCGUCUGAAAGCAGAUUAUCUGAACCAGGGAGGGAAAAUGCAUUUUUCACCUGUGGAGACUCAGACUGCCAAGUUUCAAGGAAGCCGGGGCGAUAUUAGUGAUCAAGAGAAGUAGUGUUCCUCAUAACUGGUGCUGGAACUUCAGUCCAGAUGACCGGAUUGGAAGACGGUCUCAGUAGAAAUGCAGGAUAAGUGAUACCAAGAGGGAUUCUAUCACUGACACUCUUCAGGUGGAUUUUCAGUUUAAAAAUCUCAACAAAACGAGAAAGAAAAAAAGUUUUUUGUACAAAGACUGACGGCACUUUUGUUCAACACUGAAAAGACAUUUUAACAGUCUGAAACUAGUCAAGAAAAACUAAAGAACUGCCUUUGAAUGUCUUUUAUAAUAACUAAAAUGUAGCUGAUAUUUUAUGGUGUCUGUUGCUUCUUCUCUUUUUACAUUUUGCACUAAAGUCACAAUCUAAAUGUCUGGUAUCUACUUCUUCACUCAGAACGCUGUGUUUUUGUAGUUUGAUUUUAAAUUUACACACUCAGGCCAGACAUUUACUAAAAAUACCUUGUACCUUUUUUAAAGUUGAUUUCAAACUUGAAAUAGAUCGAAAAUGUAAACGAUAAAGUUUGUGUGGUGAUGUCAUGGUUCAGUCUGAACUCUAAAUGUGCCACUUCUCCCUGGAGGUUUUAGGUUCAGUCAUUAUGGUCAGUAAACUGGCAUAAACGACACGUGACACUGAACAAAAACUGACCGUAAGUAAAGAUACACAAUAUUGCACAGUUUUUAUGUUUUUAGCCUUUACAGAAAAUAAGAAAAAAACAUGCAGCUCUCCCUCUCUGCAUUCACUGUCACAACAGACGUUUUAACCUCUAGCUUACUUGUGUGUGUCGUUAAUUGGACUAAACUCGUCAGUCCCAGUCUUUUUGUAAUUUGCACACUGAAUUUUAUUAUAUUUGAUUUUUCGGGCUGUAACAGUGCUGAUUAAUGAGCUGUCAAUCUGUGAAUAUGUUUAAAUGUGCCAUGACUUUUCUCAGGGUUUCACGCUCUACUAUCCGUCCGUAUUUUAUUUAGCCACUGAGCUGAACCUUCUGGCCUUGUGACUUUUUAAAUAAAAUGCAAAACCAUAUGCAGAAAUGUCUAUGAAAGAGGUCAAUUGUAAUUUAACAUUUUUUGAUAUUAAAUGAAUGCCUAUAAAA